GUUUUGCCAGCGUCGCCGCGUUAUUCGCCCAAGAUCCCUUUCAUGAAGGAAAUGGAGCACCUUCCCCUUUGUUCCGUGCAUUUAGGCUGGUGAACGAAAUUCUUGCUCGCUUCCACGCACUCCGUGGAGCUGUGUUUUGAGAAAAGGCCCGUGUUUAUUGAUGCCUCCUAAGAAUCUGGUCUAAGGACGUUAGGGUAAAGUAGUGUAUGUAGGUCACAGAACUCCUGGUUUUGAAACCUGGCAUUCAGGUAAUUUACAGACUUUAAAAAAAAAAAAAAUACUAAAACAAAUUUCAUCUUAUUCCUUAGCUUUUUAAAGUAGGAUUUCAGAACUUAAUGGGUGAAAAUAUUGCAAUUUUUAGCUUACAUGUUUGUUUUGUUUCUACUGUUUCCCAAUAAAGAAUUUAUUGUAGUUUUCCCCUAUUUUUUUAUGUCUCAGGCCCGGUUUAAGCCUACAAAGGAGACUUUAAAAAUCAGAGUAGUCUCCUGCUCUUGGCAAACAGAGAAGGGAGAUCUGGAAAGUAAGGACUUGCCCAAGGUCACUGGUUUUAGUUAGAAGUAAAUUAGAGACUAGAACUCAGAUCUCCAGUCCAGCAGAAAAAUAUGGCUCAGGAGACUAACCAGACUCCAGGGCCCAUGCUGUGUAGUACAGGAUGUGGCUUUUAUGGGAAUCCUAGGACAAAUGGAAUGUGUUCCGUUUGCUACAAAGAACAUCUUCAGAGGCAGCAGAAUAGUGGCAGAAUGAGCCCAAUGGGAACAGCUAGUGGUUCCAACAGUCCUACCUCAGAUUCUGCAUCUGUACAGAGAGCAGACACUAGUUUAAACAACUGUGAAGGUGCUGCUGGCAGCACAUCUGAAAAAUCAAGAAAUGUGCCUGUGGCUGCCUUGCCUGUAACUCAGCAAAUGACAGAAAUGAGCAUUUCGAGAGAGGACAAAAUAACUACCCCGAAAACAGAGGUGUCAGAGCCAGUUGUCACUCAGCCCAGUCCAUCAGUUUCUCAGCCCAGUACUUCUCAAGGUGAAGAAAAAGCUCCUGAGUUGCCCAAACCAAAGAAGAACAGAUGUUUUAUGUGCAGAAAGAAAGUUGGCCUUACAGGGUUUGACUGCCGAUGUGGAAAUUUGUUUUGUGGACUUCACCGUUAUUCUGACAAGCACAACUGUCCUUACGAUUACAAAGCAGAAGCUGCAGCAAAAAUCAGAAAAGAGAAUCCAGUUGUUGUGGCUGAAAAAAUCCAGAGAAUAUAAAUGACUACUUGUGAAGAGACUGAAACUUUGUUUUUAUUUUAAUAUAUCGUAGGAAAACAUUAAAGAGCAGAUGCAUGGCCAUUUUCCUUUGAUGUUCUCCAGAGUUUUACUUUACACUUGUCUGUCUUAUAAUUGAAAUUUUAGGAUGUUUGGGUGUUUGUUACAGGCAGAAAUGGAUAGAUACAGCCCUACAAAAUGUAUAUGCCCUCCCCUGAAUAAAAUUGGAUGGAAAUCUGCACAGCAAAUUGAAAAUACACAGAUAGGGACAAAAUUUAGUUCCCAUGUGCCAAACAUAAUACAUGAAAUCUCUGCAUGUUUGCAGCAUAUCUGCCUUUUGGGAAUGUAAUCAAGGUAUAAUCUUCGGCUAGUGUUAUGUGCCUGUAUUUUUUUAAAAAAUGGUACACCAGAAAAGGACUGGCAGUCUACUUCUACCAUAGUUAAACUCCACCCUGUUAAUUUCCACAACAUGUUCUUUGGAAGCAGGAGGAAAACUAAAGAGGAUCAGACCUUUCCAUGAAACCAGUAUUUGGUGCCAUAUGUAGACCUGGUUAAUCUGUCUUCUAAAAGCUGUCAAAUAAGACAUUCUGUGAAAGGUAAACAUCGCAACUGGUUAUCAUGAGUAAAGCCAUCAGGCCCACAGGGUCUUGAGUGAUCUUUGAAGCUUAUUGUGCUAGCCUGCACCAGAAGAUGUCUGCAUUACUCUCAUUGCUAAAAAUGUUGUGUAGCACAGAACUGCACUGGGAUUAAUUUGUUUACAAGAAGAAAUUAAAACUACAUUUGGUUUUUACAUACAGCAGCUCUAUUGAAUAACAUGCAUCUGAAUUUUAAGUUGCAAAGGUAUCUGAAAAGUUAAUUUUUCAUGUGCAUCUUUUGUUGAAUGUUUUGGUUCAAGAAAGAAUGUUUAAAGCUUUUUUAAAGACUUCAGUUCUUAAUGUAACUGUACCCUUCUGCAUGGAGAACCCUAACCAACACGGCUGCAGUAGACUUCUUAGUGGUAUCCAGCACCACGUGCAGAGGGCCGCUUUAUCAUAUUAAUUGUACUUGGGUGUAGGACUCUAGUGUUCUUGGGUGUAUUGCAUGGGCUGCAUUAUCUACAGCAUUGUACAAUAACAACUAGAAGAGGCAGUAUACUUCACUGAUGCUUGUCUGGUAAUAUCACUUCUGUGUUAUAAUGGAAGGUUUUUGUGAUGUAUGAAACUUGUGUUUUUUAUAUAUAAAUGAGUAUAGUUAGAUUAGUAUUGUGGUAAUGCCUGUUUUCAUCUGUAAAUAGUUAAGUAUGUACACGAGGCACUACUUCUGAUUUAUUGCAGUGUUCGGUCCUAGUUUUUACUUUAAUUAAAGCAUUCGGUUUUGCUUUCAAUUUUAUGUACCUUAGUUCUGAGUUAGAUCUGCAGAUGUGUACAGAUAGUUCAUAUUUAUGUAUUGCACAUAAUCAUGCUAUUCAGCAUUGAUGCUAUAUUGUAUUAUGUAAAUAAUAAAAGCCAUGUACAGAGGGAA